UCAAAAAUUGACAAUUCGUUCAGUAAAAAGUGUCUUGAAAAAUGAUUUAUGAUUAUGAACCUGCAGAAGGCGAAGAAGAAGGAGACGUUUCAGGAUCUUUAAAUGCUGACAAUGAAUACGUUCAUGCAAAGGCAUUCCUUCAAAAAUCUAGUUCAGCCACUGGCGAAAACUUAUACGAUCAUCUGAGUGAUGUCCUGAAUAAAAUACUGUCCGAACGACCUCAAAAUGUAAUCGAUUUUUUCGAAGAAUAUAGCAGGAAGAUAAAAGAAAGAAGAUUUAAGUCCGGUUUGGAUCAUCUGGAAGACAUUUAUGUGUCAAGAGGGAGAUAUGUUCUAUCGACGAAACUCAUGCAACUUUUGAAACCUAUUCAACUAGAAGAACAGACAACGAUGGAUCCAGCUGAUCUAGAAUUGGCAGAUAUGACACAAAAUAAUAUGUUGCAACUUCUUUUUUACUUCGAACACGUUGGUCUUGGUUUGCCUAAAAAUGAAAUGUUCUGUUUAACUGUUGCCAUGAAAAAACUCGUUCAUAGUGAACCAGUUGCUUCUAUUAGAUUUUGGGGUGUUGUUUACGGUUUGUAUGAUAAUUAUUAUAUAGUAGAAACUGAAUUAAAAGAGGAAGAAUAUAUGAAAAGGAAUGAGAAUUUCAAUGAAGAUACCCCUCUGAAUAUAAUCGAUGAAAAUAUACUCUCUACCAAUGUUGAAAUAGCUCAUAAGGUAUACGAAGAAGACGAAAUUACUGUAAGACUUCAUCAACUAGCGCGAGAACAGCAACUUGGUGGUGAAGAUUCAAAAUUUCCGAGACCACUUCCUCCCCUUCCUCUCAAUACCUACGAGAAACCGCCAAAGAUACCUCCUGAGCCUUCAGGUGUUGGAGUUAAUUCCAAAGUUUACUAUGUUACCACAGACUUAACACAGCCGUGGGAACAGCUUCCAGAUUUAACACCUGAAGAGAUACGUGUAGCGAGACAAAUCCACAAAUCUUUCACAGGAAAAUUGGACCAGGAAAUAUUAACUUAUCCCGAAUUUCCAGGAAGAGAAAAGAACUAUCUUAGGGCUCAAAUUGCGAGAAUUUCUGCUGGUACUCAGAUUUCUCCCUUAGGAUAUUUUUCAUUCGGUGUAGAGAGUGUUGGAGAGGGUGAUGAAGAAGAACCUGUGGAAGAUGAGGAGGUGGAAGGUCCUAAGACAUCAUACAAAGUCAACCCGAAGUAUGAACCUCAUCCUCUUAAGGACCUCGUUGAUGAAUCCAUGUCUUUCUGGGUCCAUCAUACUCAGUAUAUUCUUUCUCAAGGAAGAAACAAUUGGUGGAGUCCAGCAGCUGAGCCCGAACACAUGGAUGAAGCCGAAGAUGAAGCCCAACCUGAGGAAGAAGAAGAUAGACCAAAAGCAGCCGGUCCAGAAGCAGAAACUGGACCACCACUCCUUACCCCACUUUCGGAGGAUGCCCAGAUAGAAAGCGUUCCAGCCUGGUCUGUUCGAUCAUCCUCAAAAAUAUUGGAGGAAUUCGCAGUCGCUUUAGUGAGAUCUCAUUUAUGGCCAGGUGCGUACUGUUUUGCUACGCAAGGCAAGCUUUUCCAGAAUAUUUAUCUAGGAAACGGUCUGAAAUAUCUCGUCACAAACUUCUCACCGACCCCAUUACCUCCAAUUCAACAAGACUACCCACCUGGUCCUGAAAUAAUGGAGAUGUUCGAUCCAACCGGUGCUGAGGAGGAAGACUGGAGGAUUGCUCAUCUGCCGAAACCUAAACCGGUUGCAGAAGAAGGGGAAGAGGAAGAGUUGGAGGAAGAGGAAGAAGAAGAGGACGAAGAGGACUAAAACUGAAUUGAAUAAAUCUUUGUUGAUUGUUUACCUAAGUUCGAAAUUUAAUAAAUUAAGUUGAUAAUA